AUCCGUGGCAAGAGGUACUAGCGCAAGCAGGCUUUCAAUUGAAAUCAGUUACACAGCGAUAAAAAGAAACAAAAAAUGGCAAGAAGCUGUUGUAUUAUUAACUGUACAAGCCGGGCGAGCGACAGCCGCGUGAAGGGUAAAGCGAAUGGUUUUUAUCGGAUUCCGGCGUGGAAGAGAAGUUGGCCAAGCCAUGUCUCCGAAGUCAAGAAGAGGCGACGGAUGGCCUGGAUUGCCGCUAUCCAAAGACCUAAUAUAACAUUCGAAAACACUCCACCUCACAUGUUAGUCUGCUCCAAGCAUUUCCACAAAGGCAAACCAGCCUACGAAAUGAUGGAAAGCGAUCCAGACUGGGCACCCUCUCUCAAUCUGGGUCAUACUGCUACGACAGCGAGAUUUGAUGGGAGAUUGAGAUCAAAACAGCCACGACAAGUCUCGCAUUCCUCUGGGCCAGAGACGGAUAAUCCAGGCGAAAUCCACGCAGGUAACCCAGCAUCAGGUGAGCAGCCUAUGGAGUAUAAUCCUGCCUUGGAUCAUGACUAUUACUGUGAUCCAGAACCUGCUUGCCUUGAUAUGACAGUAGACCAAAACAUGAAGUUAAAAGAAGAAAUGGGAACGUUAAGGAAAGAGAUCCAGGAGCUCAAAAUGCAGUCUGCUUUUGGAUUACAAAGAUUUGCCGGAUCUGAUGAUGACAUUCAGUUCUACACAGGGUUUGCAAGUUACCGUCACUUCAUGAUGUUUUGGGGGCUGAUUGAGCCCUCUGUCCACAAAGUGAUUCACAGGUCAAGGUCCGAAGCUGCUGAAAGAAGGAGUGAAGCCGUAAAUGCAUCACACAUGAGGCAGUCAUUGCAACCCAUUGAUGAGCUGUUCCUAUUCCAAAUGUACCUGGCUGCUGGUCUUGAGGAGAGAGACUUGGCAAACCGGUUUGGCAUUCGCCCCUUCACUGUAAGCUGCAUUAUCUCUUCAUGGACCAACUACUUGUACACUCUCUUGGGUUCUGUGUGUAUCUGGAUUGAUGCUGAGGACAUUAAAGCUCACCUCCCUGAUGACUUCAAAGACUUUCCCGAUACUCAGGUGAUAGUUACUUGCACUGAGCUAAAAUGCCAAACCGCAUCCUCCACUCUCCCCCAACGUGAGAUGUUCUCCACGUCUCACUGCACAAUGAAAGGUCUGAUUGGGAUGGCCCCCCAUGGCGCAGUGACCUUUGUUUCUUCACUCUAUCAGGGGUCAAUAAGUGACGAAGAACUCUUUAGGAGAUCAGGUAUGGCUGACCUUCUUACAGAAGACAUGGCCAUAGUGGUUGACGAAGGAUUCCUCAUGUCUGACUGUGUGGAUUGGAAGGUGUACUGUCCAGCUUUUCUUAGCCAAAAUAGCCAGAUGCUAGCACACAGCGGCUUCCAGAGACAGAAAAGUGCACGACUCAGCGCACAUGUGGAGAGUGUAAGCCGAAGGGUUAAGGAAAACAAACUGCUUGACUCGGUUAUACCGCUAUCGAUUGCUGGAAGCAUUAAGGAAAUUUUUACUGUGGCUUGCCUGCUAAUUAAUUACCAAAAUAAACCUCUCGUCAGGGCACGGGCUAAGAAACGCACAUGAAUAUAGACUUCACUUGACCCCGCAGACAGAAAGUAAACUGGGUAGGUAAAUUGUGAACAUAAGCAAGUUGUAUAUUUCUAUAAAUAAGGAAUUUUCAUUUCCUUGUUCUGAAUGUUUUCUGAAAUGUAGACGAUGUCAACAGAUGUAGAGUCACAGCAGCAUGUUA